GCGACCAAAUAAGGACAAGGUGCCUGGCCGGUCCCUCAGGAGCCGGAGAGUGACACCGCCACUCCGCCGAGUAUAAAUGGGUGGCGCUCCCUGCGAGUCGGGACCCAGCCUGGUGCUCAGGACCCCCGCGCAGUUCUAAGUGUUGAGCUGGUGAGUAGCGCAGCUGACCAAGCCCGGCCGUCUAAGCCUGGAUGCGGCAAGGCAGGAGCCGCGCUGGGCAUCCUCAGGGCAGCCUCCCUGCCAAGCACCUCGGUUGUCUUCGACGGGACGUGUGUUUGCGCGACUGGGCGAUCCAGAGAGGUUGGGUGGGCUACGAAGCAUUGAAUUGGAUCCGCUGCGCAACCCUGCGCACAGAUCUACCUGGAAGCAAGUCACACUUUGUUCGAUGGGGCUGUGCGCGCUUGCAGCUUCGCGCUGCGAUCCUAGCCCCGUUUUACCUGGGGGUAAGCCCCAUUCAAUAGGACUUACUUACGGUUAGGAUCACGCUGUUUCAGCCAAUGAAGCGCCAGGCAAGAUCGGUUUAAAUUUACUCUUCCCAUCCGGAUUGUGGAUCGCCUUUGGGGUGCGCUGCGCGGCUUGCGCGCGCGGAAGAGAUGGCUAGAGAGUAACAGGUUUAAGUUCAACUACUCUCAGAGUUAACUGUGUAGGAUUGGGCUAUUUGGUCUCCCUCGGAAAAUUCACCGGUGGUUUUGUUUUGCUUGCAGCACGCUGCCCGAGACAUAACAAAGAAAUGUUGUGUUUGCUCUCUAAGCCGCCACAUUAGCGCUAUUUCUAACUUUACAUUUCACCCUCUCCACUUGUACAGUUGCGGGGAGGGGAAUCCCAAGAAAUAACGACUUUUGAAAGUACUGACACCCCCAAAAAAACCUUACUGGGAUUCCAAAUUUGCGUUCAGUCAAAAAUAUGAGGGUCCCGAGUUUGGACAGGGCAAUACAAGAAAAUAGGAGAGCGCUGCGAUCCACAAAUUGCUUGAGGCGGGCGCUGUUGAAUUCGAGCGGGCUAAAUCCCUAAAGCGAUCCAAACACGGCACCUGCUUAAGCAAUGUGUAGACCGCGCCAACUACAGUCGUGUCUCCCGUGGCGCGAAGGCAUUCUGACCUGUUGUAACUGGAGCCCCGCCGGAUGAAUUAGAGGAGCGCAGCCAAGGAAUAUCAUGGGUGGCAUGUGGGGAAGGGAGCCCGUUGCCUGGAGCCUGGAACCGGCCCGAGCGGGGAACUUUCGGCUGGGUGGAGUUUGUUGUUGUUUGUUUUGUCUCUUCGUGCUUAGACGUGAAGGGUCUUUUGAGAUCGGGAGGGGAGAAGCGACCCAGCCUCGGGGGCUCUCUGCUUAGCGCUGCCGCCGAUUUCGGUCUGGCCCCCCGGCCCGGACGACGCGCCCUACUUGCCGAUCUUGUGUCUUUCAGCUCCCUGAUUCCUUCCCGAGAUGUGUGACGACGAGGAGACCACCGCCCUCGUGUGCGACAAUGGAUCGGGCUUGGUCAAGGCAGGCUUCGCCGGAGACGAUGCCCCUCGCGCCGUCUUCCCUUCCAUCGUCGGCCGCCCCAGGCACCAGGUAAACUUUCCACCCCCGACGACACCAAAGAACAAGGAGAGAGCAGUCUUUUCCUUUGACUUGCCCGGGGGACUGUCAAACUAAUGCAUACAUGUGCAGUGUACGCGAACACGCGUCCCUUUUUCCUUUUCCUUUAAAACCCGUCCUAGCUCCACUGUAUACUCCGAUCUUUCCCUCUCCAGAUUUUCCUCUCCCUCAGCAGUCCUCGCUUCUCUAACUUUCUCUUCUUCAGCUUGCUGCAGUGAAUCUCCCCAUCCCCUUGCCGCAAACUUUUCUCUUCUUAUCUGUUUGGCAGAUCAGUUUGUGUGCCUCCACAAAUCAUAAACUUGUAACAUUGGGCAUAAAGAGACACAACGCUCCUCAAACUCGUUUUCUACAGUACUUGGUCAUUGACCGCAACAGAUUGAUUGAAUUCAUGUUCCAGUUUUUGACAUUCCAAUCCCCGCUCCGUCUUCAUUUACUUGCUAGUAACACUUCAAUUCCUUGCUCCCCCUUUUGCUUUGAUCUUCUAUUCCUCUUCCCCAUUGGCGAGUUCCAACUUUUUAAGCUGGAAGUGAUUUGAAAACUAAUAUAAAUCGGUCUUCCCCGUUUCUGUCUUGUACAUAGUUGCUGCACAUAACUAAACCUUCCCGUUUGGCACAGUGCCACUUCCACAGUGCCGCAAGGACCUACAAUGUACAGUUGGCACCUUAUAUAAAUGCUCAUUAAUAGUAACCUUAUCUCCCAGUAGUUUGCAGCUGCAAAGCAACUUUGCAUGCCCUGCUUCUAUAAUCCUAUUUUCCUCACUUGCAUUCCAAUCACCUUCCAAGGAAUUUAGGUCAAUGUCAAUGGGGUUAUUCCAUAUCUCACAACAGACUUGUCAGAUGGACUACGAUCAGAAAUAGUGACUUUUUCCAUAUCACCCAGAGACUUGAACAAUAAUUUCCAAGUCCUCUUACUACUCCAUGGCCCCUUAAACUUCCAUUCUAUUACUUCUUUUGCUUUUAGUCCUCUGCUCCAUUUCUCUCCUUUUCUAUCCUGUAUUUGCUUCUCACUUGUAUCUUAUUCCCUUGCUUACUUUCCUUUUUGUGUUAGCUUCCCAGGCUGUUACUUUCUAUUAUUCACUUUCCGUUGAAAAAUAGUUUUAAAAUUUUGUAUGUUAACAAUCUCAUACCUAUGAUAAAUACAUGACUUUUGGGUCCUCUCAAAUAAGUAGUAGCAGUGCCAAUCCUUAUUCCAUACUCACCCAACAUUGUUGAACUACAGAUCCCAUUAUCCCUGGCUACUGGCAAUGCUGAAUGGGGAUGAUGGGAGUUGUAGUCCAUCGUCCUCUGAAGGGCUACUCUUGAUCUGCAAAUUUUAUAAGUCUUAAAAAAUCCACUUUCCCCAUAACCAUAGAAAGAGAUCACCUUUAACUUUUUAAACUUUAACUUGGCAUGAUUUCUGGAACAUAACAUUGGAUGUAUUUGCUAAUAAACGUGACAUGUUGAACUAUGCUGGCCAAUUCAGGUUCAUGGACGCAAUGAAAAACAGGCAUGACCCAGACCCAGUUAUCCAGUGGAAGAACUUGAAGCAUGCCAUCAGUAUAACUCCAAAACGCUUUAACACUGUUCCUUAAAUUUCUGAGGCUGCAUUUGCCAAACCGCAGUAGUUUACUUCAACAGUAACCAACCAUCAAUUACUUCAUCCUGGGAAGUACGUGGAAAUAUUGUACAGGAGUAAUGUCCACGUAGUGCUGCCAGUGAGGAAACUAGAGAAGUUGUUGUUGUUUUUUACUGUGGCAGUUAGUGCUGGAACAAACUAGUAAACUACUACUAAAUGACAGGUGAUGCAAAUGCACCCUAAAUACAUUUUAUAUAUUAGUUUUCAUUCACCCACAUUUUAUACCUGUUCCAUAACCAAGCGAAAGAAGAAAAUGACCUUUUAAUAACACGAAUUAAAUGAUGAAUUGUUGACACCAUCUUUCAUCAACUUUCCUCUGCUUGUCUCCACUGAAGUCAAUCAUUUUGUCCUUUAAGCUACACUGUCUCACAAUGCCUGGCAUUGUUUUCUUGUCUCUUCUGCCCUCUAGGGUGUCAUGGUUGGUAUGGGCCAGAAAGACUCCUAUGUAGGUGAUGAAGCUCAGAGCAAGAGAGGUAUCCUGACCUUGAAAUAUCCCAUUGAACAUGGCAUUAUCACUAACUGGGAUGACAUGGAAAAAAUCUGGCACCAUACUUUCUAUAAUGAACUGCGUGUUGCCCCCGAAGAACAUCCCACCCUGCUUACCGAGGCUCCUCUGAACCCCAAGGCCAACCGUGAAAAGAUGACCCAAAUCAUGUUUGAGACCUUCAAUGUGCCUGCCAUGUAUGUGGCCAUCCAAGCUGUUCUAUCCCUUUAUGCUUCUGGACGUACUACAGGUAAAAAGCAACUGGUUGUUUGGCUUAGCAGUCUCUCUACACCUAAGCCAACCAAGUUCACUCCCUCCUUGUAUUUUGCAUUAAAUUUGGAUCGGGGGUGGGGAACAUGCAACUCCACAGAAGUUGGAGCACAACUAGGAUCAGCCCCAACCAACACCAGGCAGUAAUCAGGGAUGAUGGGAGUUGUAGCUGCAACAACAUCUGGAGUUGCCAUAGCUUCCCCAACCCUGAGCUAGAUUCUCAGAAAGCUGUAGUUCCUACAAUAAUGCUCAGUCUCUAUUGCACAUUAGAGACCCCCAACUUUUUCUCCCUUUGCAGGCAUGGUAAUAGCCCACUGGUUUAGCCAUUCUAAGUGGUGCCCAGUAAACAUUAUGGCAUCAAUAUAUGUAUCCCAAAUUCCAUAGGACCUGGCACCAUCUUGGAGACCAACCGAGCUGGAGACCAAAGGGCCCAAUAAAUAUAUUUAGAAGCACCUGGGAAUUUCCACCCUUCUUUUCCUGCAGUUGGCGCCUUCCCAUUUUUUCUUUAUGAUUUCUCUAAUUUAUUUGAAUGUCACUCCAUAAUAAGAAAUUAUCUGUGUGGCUCACAAUAUACAAGUAAAAAAUGCCAACUGGAAUGCAAAGUAAAACAUAAAGCCAUUGAAAAGGAAGACAACAACAAACUACAUAAGUACAACAAAACUCCCAAAAUUAAAAACUGAUUUUAAGAAACAGGUUAAAUUAUUCAACCUGAUUAAAUUAUUUAAAAAGCCUGGCCUGGGUGAACAGAAAGGUCUUCAGCAGGUGCCAAAACAAACACAAAGAAGGGAAGAUGAUUCCAGAAAGGGGUUACCACUUCAGAGAAGGCUCUCCUACCAUAUAGGCAGGCCAGUCAUGUGAUUCCUUCUCACCUGGUCAUUGCCUAGCCAAGAUGAAGGAUGAUGAUCAGGUGCUCUUGGCCCUUUAUAUGUCAUAGCAGCUUUGUGGGAUAAAUGACACCAUUUUGUGAAUACAGCAUGGGCAUGCUAUGCUGGGGGGGGGGGGACAAUCUGUAGUAAAUACUCUCAGUAUUAAAAAAUAAAUAUCUUACCAUAGUUGUAAUGGAAGACACUACCAUUACUGAUAGAAAAGGUAAGCUGAAGAUGAAUUUCAGGAAGUCUUUGUCUUGGAUAUUAUGGUCUGUGGCAUGAUGCUGAGAACUAUUUGAAAUAAGAAAGCUCUCCCUUCUCAGUCAUUUUUGUUAUAUCAAGGGCCCCACUUGAGUCUUUAUUUGCAUACAAAUUCUUCUGACCUGCUAAAUUGCUUGCUGAAAGGCCCCAUAGCUCCUGAAAACGUUGCUAUAGGUUUGUUUGCAUAAAGGCUUAUCUGAUCUUGGCCAUUACUAUCUCACAGGUAUUGUCCUUGAUUCCGGGGAUGGUGUUACGCACAAUGUCCCAAUCUAUGAAGGUUAUGCUCUCCCUCAUGCCAUCAUGCGCCUGGAUCUGGCAGGCAGGGAUCUGACCGACUACCUCAUGAAGAUUCUAACAGAACGUGGUUAUUCCUUUGUGACAACUGGUAAGCACAAUUCAGGCUCACUUGGAAAUGUGGGUGGGGGGGAGCAAUGGUUUGUUUUAAUAUAGAUUUCUAUUUGUCCAUGAAGAUUUUGACUACACAUCCACACAAGCACGGCAACAAAAUAUUGAACAAACUAAAUACAUUGCCUACAUUGUCACCACAAUUAAAAGGCAUUUCUGUGAACUAAUUCCUCUUAUUAUAAAACCCUCCCCAAACAUGUUGAUUAUAAAAUGUGCACAUUUAAUGCAAAAAUAUUCUGCUUAACUUUCUUUUAAAACAUGAGUUCUGCUACAUUCUACACUAACACAUACCACUUUUAGAAGACUUGAAAAUAGCAACUCGGUAGAAUUAAAUUCAAUGAUAGCCAAAGUCAUAUAAAAUGGAUUAAAUAUAUAUAUAUAUUAAUCCUCUGACUGGAACUGUGCUUCUUGCCAGAUUCCACAUGGGCCACCCCCACUACCAUUUUCUCCUCUUACCCUGCAAGACUUUGCUUUUGCACAAAUCCUGCUUCUCCUACAAUUCUUCAACCCAUCUAGUUUAUUGAGUGAUGCUGGAGGCACCUCCAGGAUGUGACAGAUCGCUAUACUCCUGUUUGAGUGCAGGGAACCUCUCAGAGAAAGGGAUAGUUUCUUUCCUCAAUACACUUUCAUUCGCCUUGGUUCCCACUUGCCUUUCCUUGGCCUUUAUCUCCUCUUCUCUGCCAUUAAUUUCUGGUUUUGCCUUUACAGCUGAACGUGAGAUUGUCCGUGACAUUAAGGAGAAGUUGUGCUACGUUGCUCUGGACUUUGAGAAUGAAAUGGCUACUGCAGCCUCCUCCUCUUCUCUAGAGAAGAGCUACGAGUUGCCUGAUGGCCAGGUCAUCACAAUUGGGAACGAGCGUUUCCGCUGCCCAGAAACACUCUUCCAACCAUCUUUCAUUGGUAAGUGUCCUGAAGCAUGCAACAUGCAAAACUCAUCUAUGUUACAGAAUCCCUCACAAAUUUUAGGAUCAUUACUACUGACAAGUGCCUGACGGAAGGAAGUGUGUGUGGUGAUUGGGGGGUGGGGAAGGUAGUGGGAUGGUUAGGCCAGAUUCAGUCAUAGAACUAAAACUUCUGGUAACAAACUGCCCCCCCCCCCCAGAUCAGUUAAGGAAGAAAGAAAGCAUCUAACUGAUUACAUGGCAUAUCAUACUUAUAGAACAACUAGUGAACUAUCUACAGUGGUACCUCGAGUUACAAACACCUCAGGUUACAGACUCUGCUAACCUGGAAGUAGUACCUCGGGUUAAGAACUUUACCUCAGGAUAAGAACAGAAAUUGCGCAGUGGCGGCGCAGUGGCAGUGGGAGGCUAAAGUGGUACCUCAGGUUAAGAACGGUUUCAGGUUAAGAACAGACCUCUGGAACGAAUUAAGGUAGUAACCAGAGGUAACACUUUAUAUAAUAUACAAGUUACAUGCAACACAUAUUUUAUAGCCACAAAAAAUAAUAGGCACCUCUCUUGACUAUCCAUAGACCUGCUCUUCUACAUAAAUGGUAUCUUCCUUAAAAGGAGGAUUUCUUGUUUGUGGCACUUACCAAGUACAUUUUUAAAAAUACACAAUCAUAGUUUCCCAAUUUGUGUAGGUCCGCAUCUGCUUAGAUGGCUGCUUUGAAAUACUAAACACAACUUUGCUGCUGUGUACAAUGCCUUAAAAUACUUUCAUGGAGAAAUCUAACACCUUUGGGGUUCAAAAUGCUUUGGGGAGUUAUUAUUGAUAAAAUUUCUAUCCCAUCUUUCCCCUGGAUUUCGGGUGGUGUGGGUGGUUCCCUCACACGGGGCUGAGCUGAGGUGCAAAACAACAACAACCAAACAUAUAUUUAUAUGGGUAGCUACUGGUAAGAUCCAUAACAAAGCAUCUGUACCAAAAGGAAUUAUUGUGAAAAUAAGUAGUAUUGGGGUGGGGGCGCCAAAUUCUGACCUCACUCAGGGCGCCAUAUUACCAAAGCCCACCCCUAUUCCAAGGUGCUCAAUCAAUAUGGCAGUAUACAUGGUUUUGCCCUUCUCCAUUUUAUCCUCAAAACAACCCUUUGUGGUAGUUUAGGCUGAGAGAAAAUGACUGGUUUUCAUGUGAGCUUUCAUGAUUGAGUGUGGAUUUGAACCCUGGUUUUCCAGGCCCUAGUCUGACAAAAACCACUUCACCACAUUGGCUCCACCACAUAGUUAUGUCUGUGUGGAAUGGCAUCCCAUCCCCAAUGUGAGCCUUGUUGAUGACCAAGGACUAGUUUAGGGGGGCUUUAUUGUAUUUAGCAAGUGAUAACAAAGUCUAAGGAGAUGGAUUGCUUUGUUUAGACAGUGUCUAGCAAACUGUGGCACUAAAGGAGUAAAAUGUAGCAUUGGAACUGGCUGUCAGCUGCUGCUGCAUUCCUUUUUUUUGGCACACGUUCUCACCACACAGCAAAAAUCCUCAUUUGUUGAGUUUGCUCUUUUUUUGGGGGGGGGAGGAGACAUGUGUAUCCUGAAGAAUUACUGCAUCUAGUCCAACAAACAUGUGCGUCUGAGGCCUAAUAACUUUAUCCUCUUGGUUAUUCUUCUCAGUUAGUUAAAUUAAAUUAUCCAGCCGUGUGAGGCUUCUCUCCAUCAGCAAAAUGACUAAUUACACUAGGGGUGUUGGGGAGGGGUGAGGAGACAUCUAUUAGGAAUAUCUACAUAUCUGACUAGCUCCCUAGUUUUAUGGGCUGAAUGUCUAUUGCCAUGGACUAUUAGAUGUGCCUGUGUCGCAGGCAUGAAUGCCAAAGGCACAACAUCAUUUACUUUAAAGACUAGAGUGGUUGUCCUGUGCCAAUCACAUUGCAAUGUUCAACAAAAGAAAAUAAUCACAAUAAAUGCUCCUCAAAUAUAAUUUUUUCUUUGGCAAUUUAAUCUUGAACACAAUAAAGAGCAGGUCUUCUGGCCUUGCAGAAACUUGUAUCCAUGGCUAAUUUAUUAUUGACCCUUCCAGUGCCCAGCAGCAGCAGCAGCAGCAGCAACAACAACAACAAUGAUUUAUUAAAUAUAGAAUGGCACUCCAGAUUAUGCCAGAUCCAGUAUGUUAGUAACAUCAAAGUGACGAGUUACAAAUAAAGGAAAGUAAUAUGCUUGAGGAAAGGCUGUGUGUUAGUAGCUUGGCAUUGUGGUUUUGAUUGACUGCAUUUGUGAGUUUUAUUUGAGCCAUAGUUCUGAGGGUUUACGGUAUAUACCUUAGACAAAGGUGUGUUGCAGAGGUUUUACCUCCUUGCACUUCAAUAGAGUUUGCAGGGACAACUCCGCAUAAGAUCCGUUGAAAUGGGUGGAGAUGCUACUGGAGCAGUGCCUGAGAAAUGCACCCUGUAAAUGCUCCAAAGAUAACUUGAAGUUCCAGAAAGGCUGGGGUAGAUUCCUAUUCCCUAAAACCAACCUUUGAUUUGAUUGAGAUAGUAAUCUCCCCUUGUUCUGCCAAAUAAAUCUGAUGGAUGCAGCAAGUGUUUAUAGUGUAAGUUUUGUGUGUUUAAAUGCAGCUGCUCGUCAGCUGCUGUUUCAUUAAGGAUCAAGUUUCAGUUCACUUUAAGCAGCCACCUGUCAACUAAUACAUUGGAACGUAACCCGUAAAUUCUUACUUCUGAUGUAUUUUCUCCCCAUGCUCCCAGCUAAGCUCCUGCUCAUACCUUCAUCAUCUGUCGCCUUCAUAAACACAGGCUCUGCAUUUCUCCACUUUCAAAUGCAAUUGCUAGCAUAACCCCCUGUGCCUUGAAGUUCUCGCCAUGUGGGCCAUCAGUCUUACAUUGCAUCAUGUCAAAUCAAAUUAGCCCAGUCAUUAAAAAAAACUGUGCUGUGUAUAAAUUUAUGAGGACAUGUGCUGUGCAUAUCCAUCUAACAUGCUGACACAAAAACGGUUCAUACAGCACUUUUUUUUUUGUUCAUGCAAACAAUCUUAACAUUCCCUGGAACGUUGCUUUAAAGCUUUGGUGUGCUAAAGUUGCCUUGAGAAAUGUAAAAACGAAUCAGUGCAACACAAUAAACAACCAUUUCUGUGAACACAGUGAUUGUGUUUCCACAGCCCCUAUAUAUAGCCAAAUGUCACACAGUGACACCUGUGAAGUUCUGAACAAGCUACAUUUCUGUGGUAUAACUGGCAUUAUGCCACAUUCUGAACCUUUUAUAUUAUUAUUAUUAUUAUUUAUUAUUAUUAUUAUUAUUUUAUUAAAAACUAUCCCACCUGCCUCCUUUCCUUUCAUACCUUAUUUAUUAACCCAGAUAUUAGGGUUUUAAAAAAAACUUUACCCAAUUUUAUGGCAAAUUCUUGAUGAGAAAAUGGCUUUUUGCAUUUUCAGUUCUCUUUUGUAGCUUUCUGCUUACGAAUAGUGUUUCAUAAAAUCUCUUCUACCUUCGUCAUUCAACAACUGCACAUUUUCUUUUCUUUCCAAGGCAUGGAAUCUGCUGGUAUUCAUGAAACUACUUACAACAGCAUCAUGAAGUGUGACAUUGACAUACGUAAAGAUCUGUAUGCGAACAAUGUACUGUCAGGUGGCACCACCAUGUACCCUGGUAUUGCAGAUCGUAUGCAGAAAGAAAUUACCGCUUUGGCUCCCAGCACCAUGAAAAUCAAGGUGAGCACAUCUUUCAUGUUCCCAACUGAAAAUCAGAGUAAUUUCAACUUUACCCAAAUCUGAAAAUGUGUAUGAACGUUGUGUGUCGAUGUCUUAUGGGACAGCAGAAACAAUGAUGCAAGCAGUUAUAUUGUCUGGAAACUGAGAACCUUGCUUCUUUCCCUCUCUUUAGAUCAUUGCCCCUCCUGAGAGGAAGUACUCUGUCUGGAUAGGUGGUUCCAUCUUAGCAUCUCUUUCAACUUUCCAGCAGAUGUGGAUCAGCAAACAGGAGUAUGAUGAGGCUGGCCCAUCAAUUGUCCACCGCAAGUGCUUCUAAGCAUCUCCCUGCCCUCCCCCUCCACUCAUCUCCCACUCAGGAUGACAACAUGCUUCUUGAAGUCUUUUUUUCCAGUAAUCCUUCCUGAACUUGGUUCAGCUAUUGUACAGUUUGUUUACACACACCCGUGCAAUUUAUUUGUGCUUCUUUGAAUAUUUAUUGCUUUAUAAAUAAACAUGAUCUGGGACUUGCAACCUAAAUAUGCUCUUCAGGCUGUUUUCUUUUGUGUGGACAUCCAAAAGCUGAUUAGUAAUAUAUAUAUAUAUUUGUGGCACUUAGCGUUCAAGACAUCAUUGUCCUCCAGAGUGAUCCUGUUUGGUGGAACAAGAAGCUCAGCUUCUUCCUAUUAAUUCAAUCUGUCUAUGUAUUUUUGCUUUCCUUUUGAAACUUGAACAGAUAAAUACUGUAUUUGAUGCUAAUAUUUGAAAAGCAGUAGCCCGGGGUAAAUAAAAUAUAUAGGACAGGAGUGACAAUCUGUUUUGCAUUAAAUCACUAGAUUUGGAAAAUUUUCUCCCCCAGUAAAGCUCAGCGUAAUCUAAGCAUUGAAAGCUUAAGCACUGCUCAGCAAACCCAAUUCUGUUAUGUUAAUAUGAUCAGAGAGUUAUUUAUAAUAAAUUGGGUUGAUUUCUUAAUCCUUCAAAUACCCAUCAAUUAUUUUCUUUGGGCAAGACAGAGCAAAGGAAAACACUAAUCUCUUCUGACAACUUGCCCUCCCCUACCUUCUCAAGCCUACGCCAAACCCUGAAAGAAACAACUGUAAAGCUUGGAUGUGCUGAAGCAAACGUCUGGAGUAGUUACAAUUUUAAACAAAAUGUUAUUGGUGCUUUUACAGCCCAGUUCUUAUUCCUGUCUGGCACCAGGCCAGGAAAUUCUCCACCCCA